AUAAACUGGGACAGUGUCCUGGGACAAAAAAUUCUCCUUGGUCUUUUACCUUUUGUCCUUGCUGUACCCUUCCCACCCCCAGUAGAUUGGAACUAGUCAGCGAUUUCCUGGGGCUGGGAGCUAAGGGAUUACAGCAGUUGGUGCCCAAUGUGACGCUUGUCUCAAGAACAGAUCCCACGAGCAGCUGGAAAUCCACAUGUGGAUUGAACAAGCUUUGGAUUGUCAGCUACUUUGUAGCAGCGAGUUGCUUUUUGUGUAACCACGGCUACAAGGACGGGACUGACAGCCUUCCUCAGCCCGGGAAGGUCGCUCUCAGGAUAUCAAGGACUUCCUACACAGCCCUGAGACAACCAAGGACCCAGAAAGGGGUGAGUGUGUUCUGCGCAAGAGCGGCUGCAGAGUUUGUUUGCCGCAAAGCCGCGAGGUGCAGCCACAGGCUUCCCGGCUCUGCCAUGCGGCACCCGCAGGUUUUUUUCUCGGCUACGUGCAGGUGCCUCGGGAUGCGUGGUCUUCUCGGACAGCCACAUGGUGCACCUGGCGCCAUGCAAGUGACACCCGCAGAAGGUGCAGCGUGCGAGCUUUUUUCAGCAGUGGGGAUCACGGUUUCUCAAUGCCGUGGUGCGAUCGAACCUGCUCUGGACUGGGGACUCGGGGGAGCACCGGGAGCUUGCACCCGUGGACUACUGGCAGCCCAGCCUGGGCAACGGCAUUUUCCAGCGUCAGAGGGAUUGAUAACAGAGAGAACACCCACAGGAGGGAGACCCUCUGAAUUUGUCAUCUCUUCAGUGCGGCGAGAGGAUCGGGGUGGAGACAGGUGGGAUUUUGGUGCCAGACUUGCUGCCCAGAGGACUCGCUGCCACUGCAGACUUUUUGUCAAUCCACUGCUUCUCCGUAUCAUGGGUGAGCCUUUGCUCGAAAGAGCAGCUGUUGAACUGGGACUUUUUCAACACACAACCGCACUGAGAAGGGGACCCCAACCCCUGGCCCCCUCUGGAGGGAACAUCUUCCGACUGCUUGAGGCAGCCCAUCUGAAACUGCCCAGACCCAUUGUUUUCUGCCGCUGCUUCAGGCUUUUUUUGCUACACUUUAACCUGACACCCCAUGUCCGCCCGCCCUCCCUGAAGCUCUUGCUAUGGCUUUGGAGUUUUUGCUACACUUUUUUUGCUACCCUGGGCAUGCUCGCCUCUGCUGUUCCAGCCUGCUGCUCCAAGGUCCCUGCUAUAGUCCAUUUCGCCAUCCGAACAGGCACUGAGACUAGCUGCCCCUGUGGGUUUGCAAAUGAAGUCCCUUUUCUAUCUCUUCUGCUGGCUUGCCCCCCAUUACCAUGUGGAGAGGUGGCUGAGCUCACAACACAGCACCCCCUGCAGCCACGGGGUAAUCAUCGCACCUGCCCUGCCUGGCUAGGAGCCAACAGCACCCCUGCCAGCUGUGACCAUAUCUACACUAAAGGGGAAAGUGCUUGACAGCCUGGAGAGGCUAUUAUUGGGUCUCUGUUUUUUCCUGUUUCUUGUUGCUGCUGUUGCUGUUUUUUUGCCUUGUUUUAUAUAUUUAUAUAAAUAAAAAUAUUAUAUUAACAGAUAUUAUUUUAUAUAUUUUUAAUAUAUUUAUAUAAAAAUAUAUUUUAUAUACUGUAUA